AUGAAGUGGUCUACGUUCUCCCUUCUCCCGCUCCUCGUGUCCUUUGCGGCCGCCGCCCCCUCAGCACCGGCUGCGCCAGGAUGGAGCUUCGACCUCAAGGAGGAGCGGUCGGGCAUCGUCGCUCUGGAGGCUAUCGUGGUCUCCCCGACGCUCGUCGUCUUCUUUGAUCGUGCGUCGGAUGACCCGCUCCAGAUCAACAACCACUCCGCAUGGGGCGCUUUGUGGAACCUCGAGACCAGCACAGUCAAGCCGCUCGACGUCCUGACGAACUCGUUCUGCGCGAGCGGCGCGCUUCUGAGUAACGGCACCAUGGCCAGCGUGGGUGGUGACCCACGCAGCUUCCCCGGAAACCCAGACAUCGAAAACGGGCUGCAAGGCCUGCGCAUCUUCGAGCCCUGCGCGUCGCCGACCGGGGACGGCUGCACGCUGUUCGAGGACCCGGCGACGGUGCACCUGCUCGAAUCGCGCUGGUACCCGUCCUCGAUCCGCAUCUUCGACGGCUCCCUGCUCAUCAUCGGCGGCACGCACGUGAACGAGAACUUCUACAACCUCCACCCCGCGAACUCGUUCGAGUUCUUCCCGCGCAAGGAGAACACGCCGCGCCCGUCGGCGUUCCUCGAGCGCAGCCUCCCGGCGAACCUGUUCCCGCGCGCCUUCGCGCUGCCUGACGGGAAGGUGUUCAUGGUCGCGAACAACCAGUCUAUCAUUUACGACAUCGAGGCGAACACGGAGCGCAUCCUCCCCGACCUCCCGAACAACGUGCGCGUCACAAACCCCAUCGACGGCUCCGCCAUCCUCCUCCCGCUCUCCCCGCCCGACUUCAUCCCCGAGGUCCUCGUCUGCGGCGGCACCGCGACUGACCCCAUCGACCCCCUCCUGCUCUCCUCGCAGACCCCCGCGACCACUCAAUGCUCGCGCAUCACGCUCACCGAAGAGGGCAUCGCGAAGGGCUGGGAGGUCGAGCACAUGCUCGAGCCGCGCACGAUGCCCGAGCUCGUGCACCUCCCGAACGGCCAGGUCCUCAUCGCGAACGGUGCGCGCUCCGGCUUCGCCGCGCUGCAUCAGGUCUCGGACCCCAUCGGGAACUCCAACGCGGACCACGCCGUGCUCGUCCCGUCGCUGUACACGCCCGACGCGCCACUCGGGCAGCGCAUCAGCAACGCGGGCAUGCCGGACUCGGGCAUCGCGCGCGUGUACCACUCGAGCAUCACGCUCACGCCGCAGGGCAACUUCCUCAUUGCGGGCAGCAACCCGAACGGGAACACGACGGUCGGGCCUGGCAUCAAGUUCCCGAGCGAGUUCAGGGUGCAGACGCUGGACCCGCCGUUCAUGUUCGUCGAGCGGCCGAAGAUCCUGAACACGCCUGCAAAGCUUGCGUUCAACAAGAAGUUCACCGUCCCGAUCUCGAUCCCGUCCACGCUCACGCGUCCGGGCGCGAAGGUCCAAGUCUCGCUCAUGGACCUCGGGUUCUCCAGCCACGCGUUCCACUCGAGCGCGCGCCUCGUCUUUAUGGAUGCGACGAUCUCGCGCGACCAGAAGUCGCUCACGUUCACGACGCCGCCGAACGGCCGCGUCUUCCCGCCUGGCCCAGCCACCGUCUUCCUCACCAUCGACGAUGUGACGAGCGAGGGCGCGUGGGUGAUGGUCGGCAGCGGAAACUCGCCGCCGACCCUCGAGUAG